GGAAAAAUUGUGAAAUUACUCUGCAAAUUCAGUAAAAAACGCACCGCUCAUUACGGUACCCGGUGAACUCAACCAUUCCCCAGCGAAAAUGACUGCUUUCGAAGAGUUCGGCGUAAUGUCGGAGAUUGGCAGUGCGAUCGACGAAAUGGAAUGGAUGCUACCGACGGACGUACAGGCGGAAGCAAUCCCGUUGAUUCUGGGCGGUGGGGAUGUGCUGAUGGCAGCGGAGACCGGCAGUGGCAAGACGGGUGCGUUCUGUUUGCCCAUUCUGCAGAUUGUUUGGGAAACGUUACGAGAUAUUCGUGAUGGAAAGGCUGGAAAACCGGUAGGACAUAAGACAAAACCAUGGACUCUCUCCUAUACGGAUCGGGGUCAUGCAAUGGCGGUGACCCCGGAUGGAAUGCGCUGUCAGUCGCGGGAGUUUAAGGAAUGGCACGGAUCCCGAGCGACCACUGGAGUGCGUGGUAAGGGCAAGUACUACUACGAGGCUACGGUCACGGACGAGGGACUGUGCCGUGUGGGAUGGAGUACGGAACAUGCGAGCUUGGAUCUGGGAACGGACAAGUUUGGAUUUGGAUUCGGCGGGACCGGAAAGAAGUCCAAUAGUAAGCAGUUUGAUAGCUAUGGAGAGGCAUUCGGAAAGAUGGACACGAUCGGGUGUAUGCUGGAUUUGGACCGCGGAGAGAUCAGUUUCGCGAAGAACGGAACGAUGCUGGGAUUGGCGUUCAAGAUCAACGAUGGAAAUUUGAAGAACUCAAGUUUCUACCCAGCGGUGGUACUGAAGAAUGCCGAAAUGUCCUUUAACUUUGGCGAAACGGAUUUCAAGUAUGCCAUUCCGGAUGGAUUCGUUGCGGUUUGCAAGGUGCCACAUGACAACUUGGCGGUUAAUCCGAAUACGGGAGGCGAUAGUGCUUCGCAGGAUUCGAAACCGAAGCCGAAUGCACCGCAAGCGAUCGUGAUUGAACCAUCCAGAGAGUUGGCAGAACAGACAUUCAAUCAGAUUCAGAAGUUCAAAAAACAUCUCAAAGAUCCGGAAGUUCGAGAAUUGCUGGUGAUCGGAGGAGUUAGCAUCAAGGAUCAGAUGGAGGUGCUGCAGCGUGGUGUGGAUAUUAUUGUAGCAACUCCGGGUCGAUUGGAGGAUUUGAUAAGCAAUGGGUAUGUGUUGUUGAGUGGCUGCCGCUUCUUCGUGUUGGAUGAAGCUGACGGUUUGCUGAAGCAGGGUUACACGGAGCUGAUCGAACGAUUGCAUAAGCAAAUUCCAAAAAUUACAGCCGAUGGCCAUCGACUGCAGAUGGUUGUUUGCAGUGCCACCUUGCAUUCAUUCGAAGUCAAGAAGCUAGCCGAACGGCUGAUGCAUUUCCCUACUUGGGUAGACUUGAAGGGAGAGGACGCCGUUCCGGAAACAGUCCAUCACGUAGUUUGCAUGGUUGAUCCGCAGAAGGACAACGGUUGGCAAUCGUUGCGACAGCACAUUCAGACCGAUGGGGUUCACGCCAAGGAUAACGUUCGCCCGGGGUCCAAUACGGCCGAAACCCUAUCCGAAGCGAUCAAAAUGCUCAAGGGAGAGUACACGCUGAAUGCAAUCAAUGAGCACAACAUGGACCGGGCGAUCAUAUUCUGCCGCACUAAGCUUGACUGUGACAACAUGGAACGCUAUCUGCGGCAGGUUGGCGGCAACAAGUACUCGUGCGUUUGUCUGCACGGCGACCGGAAACCCCAGGAGCGGAAAGCCAAUUUGGAGAAGUUCAAGAACAAGCAGGUCAAGUUCCUUAUCUGCACGGACGUGGCGGCGCGUGGAUUGGAUGUUUCUGGCCUUCCGUUCAUAAUCAACGUAACACUGCCGGAUGAGAAGAGCAACUACGUGCAUCGGAUUGGUCGCGUUGGCCGUGCCGAGCGUAUGGGUCUGGCCAUCUCGUUGGUAUCAACCGUACCGGAAAAGGUCUGGUACCAUGGUCAGUGGUGUAGUUCACGUGGUAAGAGCUGCUGGAAUACCAAUCUCACCGAUGUGAAGGGAUGCUGCAUGUGGUACGAUGAGAAGAUGUACCUGGCGGAAAUCGAAGACCACCUGAACGUGACCAUCCAGCAGAUCGACAAGAACUUGAAGGUUCCGUUGAAUGAUUUCGAUGGUAAGGUGACCUACGGUGAGAAACGAAAGAACACCGGCACCGGUUACAAGGAUCACGUGGAACAGCUGACACCGGUUGUCAAGGAACUGGCCAACCUGGAACGCGAAGCGCAGAAUCUUUUCCUAAAGCGAUCCAUGAUGGUUAAGUAAAUAUUUAAGGUAUGCAUUCUA